AUGCUCCAGUCCCUGGGACUUUGCGCCCUGGCUGGAGCGCAGUCGUGUCCCGAGUACAUCGACUACUCCAAGGAACGUCACGAGCCCUUCUCCUCGGGCAGGUAUCAGCUGUCGUACCAGCGACCUCCCCCAGAGUGCCGCAAGUUCGUGCUACCAGAAGUCGAGCAGGCGAUCGUGGACAUGAAGACGACGAUUGCGGAUCCCGACUUGUUUCGGCUGUUCGAGAACGCCUUCCCGAAUACCCUCGACACCACAAUUUCCUGGCACGGCUACGCUGCUGGAUCAGAUGAAGAGCUCACAUUUAUCACGACGGGCGACAUUGUCGCCAGCUGGCUACGAGACUCUGCGAACCAGCUUCGGAGCUACAAGUCCUUACUGGUGGCCAACGACUCGCACGAUUCGCUCGCAUCCCUAUACCGCGGGGCCAUUAAUCUGCAAGGCCGAUAUAUCCGGACGAGUCCAUUCUGCAACGCGUUCCAGGCUCCAAUCGAAUCCGGCCUGCCGCCAGAGUUCAACGACUGGGUCGACAAGGACACGGUCAAGCCGGCAUAUGACCGCAACUUUGUAUUCGAGUGCAAGUACGAGCUCGACUCCCUCGCGGCAUUCUUGCAGUUGUCCUUCGACUACUACGACAAGACAAAAGAUGCAGCGUUCUUUGGCAAGUACCAGUGGCUCGCCACCGUCGAGAAGAUUCUCAACGUAACCAAUUCGCUCCUCGUCGGCUCAUACAAUGAAGACGGAUCUCUGGUCGAGCUGCCGUACACCUUUCAGCGUGAAACCACGAGUGCUUCAGAAACCCUAUCGAACGAUGGGACCAGCGCACCGAUCAGGAGCGGGACGGGCCUUGUCCGCAGCGCGUUCCGCCCUUCAGACGACUCUGCCAUCUACCAGCUACUUAUCCCUUCAAACAUGCAGUUCUCGAGCUACUUGGACAAGUGUGCCGCCAUCGCGGCGAGCUGCGCCUCACCACUCGCGGGCGAGAUGCGCGAGAUGGCCAGCGGAGUGAGGGCUGGCAUCGACAAGUAUGCCAAGGUCAGCCACGACGAAUUUGGCGAGAUUUAUGCCUUUGAGGUCGACGGCUACGGGUCGAGAAACAUGAUGGACGAUGCCAACGUGCCGAGUCUGCUGAGUGCGCCGCUGCUGGGCUAUGUCGAUGUAGCAGACGAGACGUAUCAAAACACUCGCAAGUUUGUCCUCUCGAAGAUGAACCCUUACUACAAUUGGGGGCCGGCGUUCUCUGGAAUCGGCGGACCUCACCAGGGACCUGGCCAGGCUUGGCCCAUGUCGGUCAUCACCUCUCUACUGACCUCUGACGAUGACGAGGAGAUUCGUCUUGGACUCAGGAGUAUCGUCUCGACGACGGAUGGCUUGGGCCUCGUUCACGAAUCCAUCAACACCUUCAACGUGAGCGACUGGACGCGGCAGUGGUUUUCGUGGGCCAACGGGCUGUUUGGGGAGAUGUUGCUGGACCUGAACGAGCGGAAGCCACAUCUGCUGAGCGAGAGCUACCAGUAG